AUGGUUUGGGAAAAGUUGAAGAGGGAGUUGCGGUGUAAGAACUUUGGUUUUGGUUACCCACGUCCAAAAGUCUGCAUUCUCUCUCAGUGUGGACCCAAAUGGUUAUACCUUAUAUGUACUACGGUGUUUCUGAUCUACCAUCUGAGCUGGUUGUGCUAUGACAUUUUCAUACAUACAGAGAAGGGACAAGCAGAUGAUGCACUGUACUUUACGAAACUUCCGAAUUGGAGCUACACCCUUCUUAUAACUUUUUCUAAUUUGAUUGAUUUUAUAUGUACACUUAGUAUCCACUGUAGAAGGAAAGACAUUUUACAUCAAAGCAAAGAUGAAACUGUUGCAAUGCCAUGGUACUCUCAACUGAACUGGUUAUUCUUUGAAAUAAGUAACACUAUCGCAGCAAUUAUAACAAUAGGAUUUUACAGCUUUCUAAAGCCUGUUGGCACGCCUUUGGCUUUGGAAUAUCAUGCCAUCAACUCAGUGUAUGUGCUGCUUAGCUUUUUCAUCUGUUCUAAACCAGUACGUGUAUUGCAUUUUAUAUAUCCUGAAAUAUACAUGGUUAUUUAUAUAGUGUUUACAGUUAUAUAUCAACUUGGAGGGAACAAUCCUGCUAUAUACUGGAUUCUGGACUGGAAUGAACCUAUCCGUGCUAUGUACACCGUCUUAGCAGUAAUAUUUGUCGCUGUUCCACUUGUUCAUAUGACUUUUUUUGGUCUACAUAUACUUCGGGAUAGGAUUUACAAAUGUUGUAAAAAACAACAAGGCAUUGAAGAUGUAGAAUAUGAAGACAAAGAAGUUAAGGAGGCAACUGUUUAAGAGAGCUAUUGGAGACUCUAAGAUGUAUGACAGCCUU